AUGUAUCGACUUACAGAUGUCAUUGCCGACGAACGCUCAGAGGUCAGGAAUAGCGCUUUCCAGACCCUGUUGAGAAUUUUCAAGAACCAUAGUGUCGACUUUUCUAAUCCAGCUUGGCAAUUAGCCAUCGAGACACUCUUAUUCAAAGUCUUUCGGGAGAAUGCGGAUAAGCAGAGGACCCUUCGUUCGGGCAAAGCAUCUUCUGAUGUUAUUGUUGGGCUCGACUCCACUUCGAGUGAAAUUAUUGGCGACAUUACCGGCCUUCUUGUCGGACAAUUUGAUCAGAUGGCCUCAUUCAGUUCCUUCAACCGAUUGUGGUCAGAUCUAAUGGAUAUAUUCGAAUCUCUUCUGGCUUUUCACUCCUCGGUCGUCAACGCAGCUGUAUACAACGGUCUUAGUACUUUGCUAAGUGCAAUCCGACCCGACGACCAGAAGCUAGGCCAAGCAGUCUCUCGUACAGAAAUUUUGUGGUCGUCCGCCGUACCCGACUGUUCUGCAGACGUCAAAGGUCAGACUGCAGAACAAGAGCAACAUAUUGCAUACGUCAAUUGUGGAAGAAACAUCUACAGCCUGACUGAGAAGAACACCACAAAAGACCGACUUGACAAGUUAGUGCAGAACAUGAUUGAUUGUGUCAAGUCUUCAAGUGGAGCGGCCUACAGCUCUGAUGUCAACAACCUCACUGUGCUCCAGCAGAAGGUCCUUGAGCAUCUGCAAGCGAUGCAUAGCAAUGUUUUGCUUGUUUCCUCGACACUGGUCAAUGCCGCCUCACAACUCGUGUCGUUGCCAUUUGCGUCAAAUAGCAAGCCCAAAACGAAUCUUACAUUUGUUGCUUUAUCAAAAGCAAGCAUGGAUUGGACGGUCGAGUUGGUCGCUACAGAUCUGUCAAAACCAGAGAUGUUCCACUCGGGCGCAGUCGCGAAAGCCUUGGAGAACUUGGUGACGCCAAUGGGGCUCAAAUAUCGAUGGAUGCAAUCUGGUAAAGCACCAGCUUUGUGGCAGAAAGCAAGCUCUGCAUCGUUGUCUAUCAUCGAGAAGACGCUGGCCCAAAUGGAAGCGCUCAUUGUUGAGAAUGAGAUGAAAACUCGCAUCUGGACAGCAAUCAUUAACAUUGCUCAUGCCGUUAUGCAUGCCGACAUCAACGAAGCAUCACCACAGCCUACGCCUGAGACCGUUGAGAAAGACGAGGUCUUUGAUUGUGAGAUCAUGCAACGACUCAAGGUAAUGGUGACGCCGGUCCUAGGUUCCUCAGGUAUCCCUGAUGCAAUCCGGCAAACGUACAUGUCCUCGCUCUUCGAUGCGUCGCUCGUCCAUGCCGUGGAGCGCGGAGAUAUUCCUCAGUACGACAAUCGACUUGGCAAUCUAGAUGCAUUGCGGAUUGGUCGAGUUCGUGAUCCAGAGCCCAGCUUAAGGGAGGAUAUGGCGUACUUGUGCUUCAAAGAGCUGGUCUCCUUGGUUGGUGACCAUAGCGAAAGUCAAGUCAAACUUUCAGAAGCUGCAGCAUCCCCCUUGGUAUUGCGAUUUGCACUUCCUCUCAAGGCGUAUAUUGUCGACCAGCCUCUUCGUGGUUCACUACCGCAGCCACUUUCGCAAGUCGAAGAGUUGCUUUUCUGCUUGACUGAGAUUGAAAAGCUCAGUGGCCUGUCAGAUGCUGUGAAAAGAUCNGAUGGCGCUGGCAGGAAAGAUUACAAAGCACAAUUGAAAUUGCUAUUUCCGCUGGUUGUCAAGGCAGUUGGCGUGGCUGGCGACAGACGUUACGGUAACAGAAAGAUAUUGGCUCUGCUUGAACGAGUACUAGUAGCUAUUAGAUAG